AAACCAAACCAAAACUCGUGUCCAAAAACCAAACCAAAACUCUGUCACAGAAAGUCCGAAACCGUUGUCUCAAUUUCUCUCUCUAGAUGGCUCGAUCCUUCUCCCUAUCACUUUCUCUCUCUAAAAACCGACUCACCGCAGCUGCAGCCUCUCUCCUCCCUUCAUCACACCUCCUGUCCUUCCGGUCUCAAUCCUCCGACCGUCGUGGCGAUAUCUACGAAUUCGACAUCGCCGCGUCUCAAUCCCCGUCGGAUCCGUUAAUUCAGAAGCUGGAGGACGCCGUUCACCGGAUAGUUGUCCGCCGAUCGGCACCUGAUUGGCUCCCGUUUGUUCCCGGUGCGUCGUAUUGGGUCCCGCCUCCUGGAUCUGGAUCUCAGACUCAUGGGAUCGCUCAGCUCGUCGCCAAGCUGGCUAAUCCGUUGACGGACGAGGAAUCUCUCUCCACUAAUUCGUCUCGCGGAUGGCCUUCCUCUGAUUAUUUCCUUAAAGGUGUACAGCCUCUAUUGAUUGAGACUAAGACCGAGACGACUUCGAAUGCUGAGUCUCACUCCGAGGAUGAGGAAGGGUAAAGGUGCAUACUACUCGAAGAAUCAACCAACCGGCGUUUGGAGUCAGACGUCUGAUGACUUUCCCCAGAUAGAAGAAAUAAUGAAGCUAUUCAGGAUCUGUAGAUUCUCAUGAACAGGAGCCGGGAUGAUUCUGAUGACGACUGAACCAAGCCAAGUGCAAAGACUCGCCAUAUAGACACGACUAGGUUGCUUUACUAAUUCUGGAAUGUAAACAAAAAAUCGAAUAAGAGUAGGUGUAAGCUUGUUUGUAGCCAUUUCCCAUAUGUUUUAAUGUAAUCUUUACCUUUCCAAAAAAAAAACUGUUGUAUAUAUUUCAGUUUCAUUGUUCUUUCACUU